AUGACUACAGCACAUAGGCCAACCUUUGAUCCAGCCAAGGGAAAGGAAGCGUUACGAGGGCCAGCUUAUCAUCAACGGCUACUUCCGGCUCAUACUCUUCUUAAAGUCCGGAAGCCAGGGCAGGGAGGAGACGCAGACGAUGAAGUGCGGGACCUCCGGGCUGAGCUGUUGAAAGCAGAAGCUGCUCACUUCGCAAAAAAAGCCGGUCUCACCGAUGGCGAGGCUCCUUCUGCCUCAGUAGAGACGGCGACACCAAAAAGGCAGCUGGAGAAUGGCCCCGAUGACAGCGAUGGCUCAGAUAUCGAAGACAUAGAAGCAAAGCGUCGAAAAGUCUUAGAGGAGACUCGGGAUAUAGACGCAGACUCUGACGGUGAUGAUAGUGAUAGUAUCGAAGAAGAGAGUGAUGAUGAAGAGGAUGAAACUGCAGAAUUAAUGAGAGAGUUAGAAAAAAUCAAAAGAGAGCGCGCGGAGCAGAAAGAGCGCGAGGAGCAGGAAAAGGCUGCAAAAGAGCAGGAGCAACGCGAAUACGACAUAGCUCGCGGUAACCCUUUGCUGAACCCCCAGGAUUUCAAUCUCAAGCGGCGCUGGGAUGAUGAUGUCGUGUUCAAGAACCAAGCGCGAGGCACAGAAAACAAGGGGAAAAAGGAAUUCGUCAAUGAUCUCCUACGAUCUGAUUUUCACAAAAGAUUUAUGUCGAAAUAUGUCCGGUAG